AGAGAGAGAGAGCGCGCCCCGAAAGCCAUCCAUUCACACAUUCCGUGCGCCCGGGAGCAGGAGGAGAGUCACGGUCAGCAUCGGCUCUCCGCGCGCCCGGAGCGCGACUCUCCUCCAAUCAAGAUCCGGCUGUGAUGGGUGAGAGGACCGCAGCGUGCCCAGCUUCGCGCGCGCGGACUUUUGCUCCCUCGCGGAGUUAAAAAAAAAAAAAAAACAAAAGAAAAGAAACCUUUGCGUUAAUCAAUCUAACCUGGCAGAUUUGAGGCAGCGGGUCGGCUGCGACUCGUUCCGCUGGAGUGGAUCUACAGGAGCCUGGCCGCUGCGCCUCAUCGGACGUGCUCUGCUGGAAAUAUACUUAAACUAAAAUAAAAAUAAAAAGAAGAAGAAAAGGCACAGCUUGCUCUGAGGAGGUCGGGUGUCUUCUGUUUGCUUCAACUUGCUCAGCCUGCUGUGCGUCUGGUAACACUCCCCCCCAAAAAAACCCAUCUUUUCCCAAUGCGCACCGGUGUGAGCGCACAGACAGCUCCACCGUCCUGUCAGAGGAUUUUGCGGAGAUUUAUUCUGACCAGAACCGGACCGCAAGACUUGCAGAAUAAGCAGGACUCACUGGGAUUGCUGGGAGAAUGAGGAGUCACCGGGGUCGGGGGAAGCAGCAUGAAUGGCCCGUGCACAUUCAUUAGACUGACGGCCCUCAUGUUUCUAUGGAAGUGGUUGACACUAAGCCUGCUCCAGAGCUGCUUGUCAGAGGUGGCCGGUGCCGCGGACUCCCCCGGGGCCGGCUUCAGCGGCUCCAAUGGGCCCCUGAGCUGGCUCCUGUCGGAGAAGGGCCCCUUUCACAGCUCCCAGGAGUUUGUGGAUUUCACAGAGCGCUACCAGCAAGGAUUCACCACCAAGUACAAGAUAUACAGGGGAAGAGUCCUUAAUGAUCUUUGUGGACAAGCGGAAGCUGAGUCGGACAUCUGAAGUAAGUGAAUCCAAUGGCACAGCUGUGACGCUGGAAGCUCUGCACCAGCUGGCWGCCUCCUACUUCAUCGACAGGGAGAGCACCUUGCACAAGCUGCACCACAUCCAGAUUGCAUCUACUGCCAUUAAGGUGACCGAAACAAGGACGGGCCCUCUUGGAUGCAGUAACUAUGACAACCUCGACUCUGUCAGCUCUGUUUUGGUUCAGAGCCCCGAAAACAAGAUUCAUUUGCAAGGCCUGCAGGCCAUCCUGCCAGAGUWUCUGAGGGCCAGGUUCGUGCAGGCCGCUCUCAGCUACAUUGGAUGUAAUGAGGAGGGUCAGUUUGUGUGCCGGGACAAUGACUGCUGGUGCCAGUGUGYUGCUGAGUCCCCACAGUGUAACUGUCCGAAGCUGGAUCUGAGCGCCAUGGAGGCUAGUUUACUGCAAAUCAAAGAUUCCUGGAACACGGCCAACCAGGACUUUGAGGGCUCAGACGAGUUCCAGAACUUUGUGCGAAGGCUYCCAACCUUCUACGCCCUGAACACCUCCGCCGUCCAGUACUUUUGGAAAGCGGAGCCGUCCGUCCACCAGCGCUACAAACAGCUGGAGCUCAGCGCUCAGCAGCUCCUGAGCAAAGCGCGACGCAUCGUCAACAAGCUCUUCGCCCUCAGCAAGAGGUGUCAAACUCAGCCAAAAAUCAUCACGCUGCGGGAGAGGCCCUUCAGCUACUGGCUGAACUACAUCCUCUCCAUCAUGUACUGCAGUGAAAACAACCACAUCGGCUCUUACCUGGAGAAAACCCGAAGCUGCUCCUGCCCUUACGAGCACCCCCCUUGCCAAGGCGUGAUCCCCUGCRCGGUGGGGGAGGGCACCUCGUGCGCGUCCUGCUCUUACGAGAACCGCUCCCGCUGCGCCACCUGCAACCAGGGCUACAUGCUGAGCCAGGGCGUGUGCCGCAACGAAGUGCCCGACUCCACCGACCACUACAUCGGCUUCGAGACGGACCUGCAGGACGUGGAGCUGCGCUACCUCCUGCAGAAGAAGGACAACCGCAUCAGCAUCCAUGGGAUCUUUGUCAGCAACGAUGUCAGGCUGAAUAACUGGUUUGACCCGUCGUGGAGGAAGAGGAUGCUGCUGACUCUGAAAAGUAAUAAAUACAAGUCCAACCAUGUCCACAUGCUCCUGGGGAUGUCGUUGCAGAUCUGCCUUACCAAAAACAGCACCCUCGACCCCAUGCUAUCGGUCUACAUCAAUCCAUUCGGCGGAAGUCACUCAGAAAGUUGGAUCAUGCCCAUUGACCAGAACAAUUACCCCGACUGGGAGAGGACUAAAUUAGACCUUCCCUAUGAUUGUUACAACUGGACUUUGUCUUUAGGAAACAAGUGGAAAACCUUUUUCGAAACAGUCCACUUUUACCUGCGCAGCCGGAUCCGGGGCCCUUCAAGUAACGGAAACGGAACUGUAUAUUUCGAACCCUUGGAGUACCUGGAACCAGGCCAGAACCUGGGCUACAUGAAAAUCAACAGCAUCCAGGUGUAUGGCUACAGUAUGCACUUUGACCCGGAGGCAAUCCAGGACUUGAUUUUACAGCUGGACUAUCCGUACACUCAGGGAUCGCAGGACUCGGCCCUGCUGCAGCUGCUGGAGAUCCGGGACCGGGUCAACAGGCUGUCCCCGCCGGGCGCUCAGCCCCUGGAUCUCUUCUCCUGCCUGCUGCGGCACCGGCUCAAACUGUCCACCACGGACGUUGCCAGGAUCCAGGCGGCGCUGCAGACUUUCAGCGCCAAGCAGCCCAACUCUGUCGAAUACGAGACAACCAAAUUAUGUAGCUAAUAAGUGGGCAGGUGGCCGAGUGCACAGAUGCACACACAGAGCUGUUAUCCCACAGGCUUGAUGAUGGUUAAGAGAUGUCUGAAAGCASCGUAAUGAACAAUUUGGAGACUUUUUUUAACCGUCGUUGCGAAUCUCAGCAGCACAGCUGAGGUUCAUCUGUCAGCUUUUCCUAUAAAUUUAUAAAACAUAUUAGAAGUGAGUAGGGUUUCACCAUAUUUGCCUCAUUACUUUUCUUUUCUGAUGGAAAAUAACUUCGAUAUAUAAACUUCAAACUCUGCUGCCACUGAUACUUUACCAACGUGUCGAUGUUUGUAAAUUGCACAAAUUGGAAUCGGUCACACAUGAACAGAAGCUAUUUGCUGAAAAAAACGUAAUCUCACAAUCAUUACAGCACCGGCAUGAUUUUGUGGGUUUUUUUCUUUGUUCUAGUAUUUUCUUCAUCACGUUUACUUCAACGUGYGAAGGUAAACCAGACACGCUUGUUUUCAUUUGAUCGUCGUCCAUUUUAACCAGAACAUGAAAGACGUGUUUAGUUAAAAAUUUUCGUCCAUUUUUAGCUUCGCCUACAAGAGUACUCAAUCGUUUUUAACUCUACUUCACGUUUUGUAAGAAAAUACUAAACGAAAUAAAAUAAACAGAUGCAGUGAUGCAGAUUUCCUGACAAAAAAAAACAGUAUAACAUGAUCACAAUAUAUGUUACAUGUGCUUUUAUUUUUAUAAUGCUGUUGUUUGUGAAGCAAAUGUUACAAAACAUUGCCUAUAAGAUGUAUAAUAUGAUUUGUUAAUACACUGAAUAAAAUACAUUUUUAUGUGUGGUCUA